AUGUCGUACACCAGUGUGGCCAUGUGGGCACCUCAGUGGAAGAUGCGCCAACAAUCGAUGGCACCAACCACUUCAAUGAAUGUCGCCACCCUACACAGAGCAGCAGUCGAGGACAUCAAGGCACCCUUUACAUCGCGCCUGGUGAAACCCACCGAUUGUGGCCACAAUGCAGCACCACCAAGCGAUUCUGGUGAAGUCAUUUCGUUUCUCCAGGCAUUGAUGGCAGAUCCUCCCAAAUGUGUGGAUGAGUUCAGGCCACAUGGCCAUCGUUUCUUCCAAGAUGCAGCACCAUCAAGCGAUUCUGGUGAAGUCAUUUCAUUUCUCCAGGCAUUGAUGGCAGAUCCUCCUGAAGGUGUGGAUGAGUUCAGGCCACACGGGCAUCGUUUCUUCCAACGUGGUGGAGGAAGUGGUUCUCAGGCACACAGGAUUAAAAAGAAAAAAAUGCCGUUCCUAUGCAACUUCUGCCCAUACACAACGAACUAUGCAAGCCACAUCAAAGACCACAUGCGGACUCACAGUGGAGAGAGGCCUUUCAAGUGCCCAAAGUGUGCGGGCGGGUUCACGACGAACGCGAGCUGUCGACGCCACCUUCGAACCAUGCAUCCAUAG